CUCCUUCAUUUCCUCUAUCAGAACUUUUUUUACUCUCAACACUUCACAAUAUUUAUCCCUCACUUAGUUUAUCUUCAUGGAAGAGUAUAUACUUAAAAAAAACGGUAACAAGCGAACCCGAGAGGAUUCGGAUUUGGACUCAGUCUUCGACUCGCAUGAGUCGAAGCGAGUCCAUAUCGAGGCAAAUGCAGGUUCGAGCUCGGUUGAGUUGAACGGAGUUGAAAUGGAAUUAGAGGUGAACUCGUCCGAGUCAAAUCAGGAAGGUCAUGUCAGUUCGCCGGAGUUUGAUGAGUAUGAUGCAGACGUAGACGUAGAUUCGCCGGAGUCUAAGCAGAUUAGAGAAGAUAUUCUGGAUAUACUUGAUGAGCCAGAAACAGUGAGUGAUGGUACUAUACCAGAAAAUCAGGACCUUGACUCUGUAAUCAAGAGUUUUGAAGAAGAGAUCCUUCAUCCUUCAACUCAGCCAUCUCCUCAGACCUUCAUUGACCUAACGUUGUCAGAUUCCGGCCAUACUCAAUCGGACCUCGGCUGCCUUCUAGAAGCUUCGGACGAUGAGCUUGGCCUCCCGCCCAGCUUUUCUCCCGAAAACCAUAUUGAUUCCGAAUCGAGAUUGGGAAAUACGAUUGGAUUUGAAAAAGAAUUAUUAAGACAUGACUCAUUCGACUUUGGGAUGCUUGCCGGGAUCAUGGACGGAGAUAAUUACGGCAGUGAAAAUGGCGGUGAUUUUGUCACAGUGGGCGGACUAUUCGAUUAUCCAGAUCCAUCAAAUUUUUCGGAGUUGUCACGGCUGCCGGAGUCCCUACCGGCUUUGUAGAGAUAAGUGUGUUUUUAGGCGGCGUGUCUCACCUGUCCGGUCGAAAUCUAAUAGCUUUAGAAUAUUAGUUUGCUGUUUGUACAUUUUAAAAAGAUUAAUAGCGAGGCCAAAUAUCAAAUAUCAGUAUAAGUUGCUUUUUGUUUUUAUA